CAUGUAGUUGUCCUACUAGUAUGCCAAAGUUGUCCUACGGCGUACGAAGAGCGUAUUAGUACAUGGACCUUAAACCGGAUAGAUACGGCGUAGAGAGGCAUAAUGGCAAAACGUUCCUAUGUGACACAGUUGUCUAACUUAGUUGUGACUAACUAUUGCGGCGUACCGACCGGUACGUGUACCUGGAUGUCCUCGAUAUGGAAUAAGAGCUGCAACUGCUAAUAAUUGGCAUCCUUUGUGUGUUUCUUAUUUCGGCUAGCGUUGCCUGCAUUAGGUGGUGUUUGCUGGGGGCCGAAGUCUUGUACUGCUCGCCAAAUUUGGACCCGACGGAGCACAAGCUGAAAUGCGGCUCGACGCGCAGCCGAACGGGAAAUUUCUGUUCUUGCGGACGGACUCCGCUGUGACCGCAGCUUCGAUAGUACAGCUGUUGUUGACUUGCGCGCCUCGACGGAACCAUUUGAUCCGUUUUCCCAUUUGACUAUUUUCUCGUUUUAAGCGGCGGUUCGGCGCGGUCGCCUAAGAACCUCCCGGUGCCGUUCGUCUAUUUGUUGUCGAGUGUCGACGGACGCAAAACUGCGGCGGAGGGGUCGUCGGCUCGGCGCUCCCGAAUGUGGCUUUUAUUCGUCGGAAGAGGAGACCAUAACCGUGACCGAAUACUUUCCCUUUAAAGCAGAAAGGACGCAGCGGGACAAGACGAGAUUAAAAAAAAAAGGGGGGAAAGGAAGAAGGACAGCGAGGGAGGGAGGGAGGGAGGGCGAGAGGGACGGAGGAAAAAAAAAGAGAAAGAUGUUAUCCUGGCCAUUCAAACACCGAGGCGGAGCCAGGGACGGCGGCCGACCGGGAGCUUCCUAGUCUGGGGAGGAGCCCUACGCGAGGCCGAGGCUUGGAAUCCUUGCGAAGGCCUCCGGCGGAGCUGUCGCUGAUAAAUGUCUGCUGGCGAUCAUUAGCACGUUUACAUCAUACAUGAUCACAUCCAUCCUCCUCUCCAUUACUUUAUUGCUACUUUGCAUGCGGCAUUUUAUGACAGCAGACAUAAACAAAUGCCUGAAAAGGUACAAUUGGAACAGCCUGCGUUUUGGCGCAUCUAAAUUCAUCAUGUUUGCGGCAAAAUAGUCAAGAUGUGCGAUUUGGGCAAACCUCGUCCAGCGGUUACAGAAUAUUAUUACAAUUGAUCAUUUCUUUAGUCAUUUAGCUGCGACUGAGCGAGCUGUUUAUCGGUUCCUUUCCCGGCUGAGGAAGCCUCCGGGCGGCCUGCCGGCUGCUUGCUGGCCGCUUGCAGCAUGGACACUUCGUGGAGCAAUUUCCUCUUUCAGACGCCGGCGACUCCAGGCCAGCAGGAGGCGCCUCUGCAGGCGGAACUCCUGCCCGAUCUGAGCGGCUCGGCCGAAAGUCCCUUGGGCGAGCACCUGGUGACGCCGCCGUCCACCGUGGACACCGCCGCCCUCAGCGAGGAGCCGCUUCCCGUGAAAGCGUUGCCGCCCAAAGGGCCGCGCCCCGCCCACAUCUGCGCGACAUGCAACAAGGAGUUCAAGAAUAGCUACAACCUGCGGCGCCACCAGUCGGUGCACACGGGCAUCAAGAUGAAGGACCGUGCUGCCCGUGAGAAGGAGGAGGCUGGCGGCAAGGCGCUCCCCAAACAGAGCAUCCCCCUCUCCCUCCUUCAGCUCGCCCUGCCGCCACAGCAGCAGCAGCCGCCGGAGACCGCAUCCCCUGACGCCCUAGACGCCCUUCCCCAGCCUGGCCAGCAGGUGUCAGUGUCCAUCGCCCCGGUGACCAUCACCAUGGCGAUGCCGGCCCCGCAGCCCGUCCAGUCGUCGACGGUGGUGGUGGUGAGCGCCGUGGAGCAGAAUCCCAGCCCUGCCGCUGCCGCCCCUCCCAACCCCGGCGGCGCCAACCAGCAGGUGCGCAAAAACCACGCGUGCGAGGCAUGCGGGAAGGCCUUCCGCGACGUCUACCAUCUGAACCGCCACCGGCUGUCGCACUCGGAUGAGAAGCCCUACUCGUGUCCCGUCUGUCAGCAGCGCUUCAAGAGGAAAGACCGCAUGAGCUACCACGUGCGCUCGCACCAGGGUGGUGUCGAGAAGCCCUACGUGUGCCCGCAUUGCGCCAAGGCUUUCUCACGCCCGGACCACCUCAAUAGUCACGUGCGUCAGGUGCAUUCCACUGAGAGACCCUUCAAGUGCACGACGUGCACGUCAGCGUUCGCCACGCGGGACCGCCUGCGAGCGCACCUGAUCCGCCACGAGGAGAAGGUGCCAUGUCACAUCUGCGGGAAACUUCUCUCGGCGGCGUACAUCACGGACCACAUGCGGGUGCACAACCAAUCGCAGCACCACGCGUGCCACCUCUGCAACCGCAGCUUCACCACGCUGACAUACUUGCGGGUCCAUGCGCAGAAGCACCACGGCCAGGAGUGGAAGGAGAGCGGUGGCGCCCGUGGCGGCUUCGGUGGGGCGGGGCCUGGCGGGGUGCUCCUGUGCCAGCUGUGCGGUGUGCAGUGCAAGACCACCACCCAGCUGCAGGGCCACAUGGGUACGCACGCCAACCAGGCGGAGCCUGACCCUGGAGGCGUCGGCCCCGUGGGCGAAGCCCCGCCCGGCGUGGCCGUCGCCGUGUCCGGGGGAGGGGGUGGCAGCAGCACGGUGGGGCUGCUGGUGACUGACUGCUCCAGCAUCACCGCGCAGACGCACAGCUAGCACGAGCAGGGCGGCAGGGGGGAGGCGGGGUCAGCGUGUGGGGAACUCUUGAUGACAUCAUGAUGACGCCAUGAUACUGACAUCAUUAGAAACUGUUCGGUAUUUGGGGUCCAAGUGGGAUGAGGCUGAGAUCCUUGUGGCUACGUACAGUGGGUACGGAAAGUUUUCAGACCCCCUUCAAUCUUUCACUCUUUGUUAUAUUGCAGCCAUUUGUUAAAAUCAUUUAAGUUCAUUUUUUUCCUCAUUAAUGUACACACAGCACCCCAUAUUGACAGAAAAAAAACCAUAAUUGUUGAAAUUGUUGCAGAUUUAUUAAAAAAGAGAAAGUGAAAUAUCACACAGCCAGAAGUAUUCAGACCCUUUGCUGUGACACUCAUAUUGAACUCGGGUGCUGCCCAUUUCUUCUGAUCAUCCUUGAGAUGGUUCUACAGCUUCAUUGCAGUCCAGCUGUGUUUGAUUUUGCUGAUUGGACUUCAUUAGGAAAGCCACACCCCUGUCUAUGUAAGACCUUACAGCUCACAGUGCAUGUCAGAGCAAAUGAGAAUCAUGAGGUCAAAGGAACUGCCUGAAGAGCUCAGAGACAGAAUUGUGGCAAGGCACAGAGCUGGCCAAUGUCUGCUGCACUUAAGGUUCCUAAGAGCACAGUGGCCUCCAUAAUCCCUAAAUGGAAGACGUUUGGGAUGACCAGAACUCUUCCUUGAGCUGGCCGUCCAAUCAGAACCAUUGGGGGAGAAGAGCCUUGCUGAGAAAGCUAAAGAAGAACCCAGAGAUCACUGUGGCUGAGAUACAGACUUACAGUCGGGAGAUGGGAGAAAGUUCCCGAAAGUCAACCAUCACUGCAGCCCUCCACCAGUCGGGGCUUUAUGGCAGAGUGGCCCGACGGAAGGAAGCCUCUCCUCAGUGCAAGACACAUGAAAGCCCGCAUGCAGUUUGCUAAGAAACACCUGAAGGACUCCAAGAUGGUGAAAAAUAAGAUUCUCUGGUCUGAUGAGACCAAGAUAGAAAUUGUUGGUAUGUGUGGAGAAAACCAGGCACUGCUCGUCACCAGUCCAAUACAGUCCCAACAGUGAAGCACGGUGGUGGCAGCAUCAUGCUGUGGGGGUGUUUUUCAGCUGCAGGGACAGGACGACCGGUUGCAAUCGAAGGGAAGAUGAAUGCGGCCAAGUCCAGGGAUAUCCUGGACGAAAACCUUCUCCAGAGUGCUCAGAACCUCAGACUGGGCCGAAGGUUCACCUUCAAAAAAGACAAUGACCCUAAGCACACAGCUAAAAUACCGAAGGAGUGGCUUCAGAAGAACUGUUGGUCCGGGCUGGAACAAAACAAACAACACGUGUUUUUGAAUGGCCCAGCCAGAGUGCUGACUUAAACCCAAUUGAGCAUCUGUGGAAAGACCUGAAAAUGGUUGCCCACCAAUGUUCACCAUCACACCUGACUGAACUGGAGAGGAUGUGCAAGGAGGAAUGGGAGAUGAUCCCCAAAUCCAGGUGUGAAAAACUUGUUGCAGCAUUCCCAAAAAGACUCACGGGCUCUGAAUACUUUUGGCUGUGUGAUAUUUCAGUUUUUAUUUUUUAAUAAAUCUGCAAAAAUUUCAACAAUUCCGUUUUUUCCCCAUCCGUAUGGGGUGCUGUGUGUACAUUAAUGAGGGGAAAAGGAACUUAAAUGAUUUUAGCACCUGGCUGCAAUAAAACAAAGAGUGAAAAAUUGAAGGGAGUCUGAAUACUUUCCGUAGCCGCUGUAACUGUUAAAUGGAGUGUACUAAUAUAGCGUUUUAUCUACACCAUCACGGUGCCUAGAGCGCUUCACAGAUCACACAUUCACCCAUUCACGCACACAUUCAUACACCAAUGGGUUGCUGGUUCCGCUGGGAGUAAUUUAGGGUUCAGUGUCUUGCCCAGGGACUACGACAGCGGACAGUCGGAGCCGGGAUUUGAACCAUUCAGUCACUGGGCGACCCGCUCUACCAACUGAGCCACAGCAAUGUCGUUGUGAAUCAUUGUUGCUCAUUCCCUCCUCCAUAAUCAGUCGACUCCACUCGAUUUUUGUCUAGUGGACUGAGAUAGUUCCACCACGAAAAAUACCUUGAUCGUGGUUAGGGAGUUGGGCAUGAGUGAAUAAUUCUCAACGCAGUCUGAGUGGAGCUCCUCAAGUCACUUCAACAUUGUUCUCCUUGGCACCGAUAUGGUACAAAAUGUUGCCAAAGCACGACAUGAUGCUUCUCAGGUCACUUAAAAACACUUAGACAUACCUGGCAGCAGUGACUUAUGACUUGUCUUGAUCGCAGAACAAGCGUCAUUACCUCGUGUAGCGUGACGGAAUCAAAGAUUGCCGAUCUGGGACGCUUCAUGACCACGACUCAGUAAGUCUGGCAUGUCAGAAUUUGUGUUUUGUUUUUUCCGCAUAGUGAUGUCCUGCACUGGUCCUUUGAUAUGGUUCCUUCACAUUCACCAAUAGGAAGACAGAGUGCCCUCCAUGACUUCGGAGGUGGACAAAAAUGAAAGGAACGUGCUGUAUCGACAUUUUGCAAACAUACUUCUCUCACGUCACUAGAGUAGGCUAUACAUUCCCUCAUCCUUACUAUUUCCCCCUCCCGUUUAUAGUGAAGCUGAUAGCAAACGUUAGCUCGAAGCUAUUAGCAAACGUUAAGGUGUUCACAAAUUUGUUACUUCAAGUUCUGCUUGGAGGAUAGACAGCCAUACUCCCCUCUCCCGCCAUCCAGGAACGAGUCCAAAGUCUCUUUUCCCUGUCCAAGCAAAGGAUAGCCACCAUGACACAAAGUGCCUCCGUUGCCAUGACAGAUUGACAGCUGCUUUUGACCUGUGCCCUCACGGACCGUGCUCUCGGCCACAGCACACGAUGGUCCUUGUCAUACUUGCAUACACUCGCCUGGUACAAGAGACAGAACCAAUUUAUGACACCAUGUCUGGCAGUCUGAAGACCGUCGUGAACAACAAAAAAAAGUUGUGUAGUCUGAGCUUCGCCUUAGUUCCUUGGUUCCAAGAUGCUAGAAGAUGGUGGCAAAGCACUACCUGAAGCUCCUCAACUCACGUCAACAUAAUUCCUCAGCACCAAGAUGGCGGCAAAGCACUACACAAAGCUCCUCAGCUCACUUCAACAUAGUUCCUUGGCACCAAGAUGGCACUGAAUCACUAAAUGAAGCUCCUCAACUCACCUCAACAUAGUUCCUUGGCAAAAACAUGGCCCCAAAGCACUGCUUUAACAUUGAACGGUGCUUUGGCUUGAAAACCAAAAAAAGCGACUUCAGCAAACAACAGAGAAUAGGUUAAAAAAAAGAGGUACAUUUCAAAUACGCGAGGGAACACAAGAUACAUAUUUUUGCACCGUGACCCAUGAAUUUGUCUCGUGGUGAAAUGUAAACAAUACUAUGGAAACCUGAUUCUGUAUCUGCGCAAAGGAUCAUGUGAUAUAUUUACUUUUUCUCGUUACCAAUGGUUCGGUACAAUCAAGAUACAUGGUGGGAUACAUUGAGGGCGCUAGAUUUUUACACACUAUAGUGGACCUAGGACCUAGGUCCACUAUAGUGUGUCUUUAUUCGGGAGUCGGGAAUGAGUGAAUGAUCACUGCGUUCGAAAUCAUUCACUCAUCGGGAUUCAAGACCCAUUGUGGGAUACAUUUCUAGCCGACUUGCUAUAUCAGCCACUAUAUAUAGUUGAUAGGAAGGGAUUCCCAACACAGACAUCUCGGCCUCAUCGUGCUUGGCUUUGAUGACAUCAUGAUGUUAUCAGAACCUGCUCAGAAUUUGGGGGUCCAAGGCCUCAUAACGCUCGCACCUUCUCCUUUGUGUUACAUCAUCGACAUUUGCCGCCAACGUGCGGGGGCCAAGGCCAGCGAAGGGGACGUGAGGAAGAGAGUAAGAGAGACUCUCCAGACUUUGUAUAAAUUCCUGUUUUUAUCCGAAAAACAUUCCAUGGAUUCUCAUGUAUGCGUGAGACGCUGCUGGGAUUCUUCAGUGACGUCAGCAUGUGCGUGCGUGCGUGCGUGCAGUUUUUGUAUAUCAACAUUGAAUGUGCUCAAUGAUGAAUUGAACCUGUACUUUGUAAUUCCCCUCAGUGGUCCACUAAUAUGGAAGUAUAUCUGUGCCAGCUUCGUUUGAAUUUGAAUUUCUGACACUGAGUUUGUUCACCAUCAAUAUAUUCACAUUUGAAAAAUUCUGCGUAAAAAAAAAAAAACACCAACCUCUUCAAAUGUUCAGUGUAAAAUAAUUCAACAUCUCGAAAGUUCAACAUCCAAAAAUUCAACUUCUCAAAAAAGGUUAGUGUAGAAAAUGUGUAUGUUUUACUUCUUAAAAACAUUCUGUGUAAAAAAAAAAAAAAAAAAAUAAAAAAAUAAACUAAUCAUCUGCAAAAUUCUGUGUAAAAAUGUCAUCUCCCAGAAAUUUGGUAUAAAAUAAUUCAACAUCUAAAAAAAUCAGUGUAAAAAAGAUUAAAGAUCUGAAAAAGCUCACUGUAAAAAAACUGCAAACUAAAUUUCUGUGUAAAAAAAAAAAAUAUCAACAUUUGAAAAUUAUUUGAAAAAACUCCCCAAAAAUCUAAAAAUGAACAUCUAAAAUUUUUGUUUAUUUUUUUUUAAAUUAUGAAUGUAAAAAUAUCAUCCCCAAAAAAUGUGUGUAAAAAAAAAAAGUAAACAUCUAAACAAUUAAGUGUAAUAAAAUCUCAAAAUUUCAGUGUAGAGGUGCAGCGAUUGGCUACUAAUUGAUUAUGAAAUUAAUAAACUAUUGUGAUAAUUGAUUCAUCAUUUAGAGACCUUGUCUAACUGAGGAUGAUCCAAAUUGUCGGAAUUUCAACUUCUCAACAAUAUUGUCUGAGUUGUGAAGUCCUCCUUGAAGGCAUUAAAAUAAGACAUCUGCUUUUACUUUGGAAAACAAUGAUCAACAUUUUUGCCCAUUUUCUGACGUUACGGGCCAAACCAGCGACUGAAUCAUAAUCAAUUUAUGUUUGUGCAUUUUCUACACUCAGUUUGAAAUAAUGUCCUGUUUUUGAAUGAAGGCAUGGAAUUAUUAUUAUUUUUUAAUCAAAUUAAUUGGGAAAAAAAGAUUAAUCAGUGAUCAAAAUAUUCAUGGGUUGCAGUCCUAAUUCAGUGUAAAACAAUCAAUAAAACAAUAUCAAGAUUCCAGUGUAAAAAAUAAAAUAAAAAAUCAACGUCUAAAUUGAAAUGGGAACACAGAUGGCCCGGAUACGCUUCCAUCCAGUACUGUAAUCCCUUUUCCGUGCUUGUGCAUAAAGAUGCCCGUUGAGUGUAUUAAAUGCAGGAAAGUG